UCAGUGACAUGUAUAAAAGUGAUUGGUGAACGCAAUCACUUCGUUGUCGUGUGCGUUUUCUUUUCCCCACUAAGUCGAGUUUAAUCAUGUUAUCGUGAGCGCAGACAAAUUGCCUAUCGCUGGGGUUUGAUAGCCAUGAUAUGUAACUAUCUAAGGCGCUCACACCCCCUACAGUUCUGUAAUAUAUAAAGCACCUAUUGGAAAUGAUACCACAGCAACUCCUUACCGCCCAUUAAUAUUCCCUGAAAUCACAGAUGUCAGGAAAGCCAUUCUAAACAGGAUUUGAAAUACUAGUUACAGAAUCGAUUCUAUAUCUUUUCUAUUUGAAAUCGUCCUGUACGAGUUGAGGAGAUACAUGCCGAGGCGUUGGGUUCCGUAUCGUGGGGGACCUGCCACGUUCACUCGAUAAGACAUACGUAGCUAUAGAUACUCAAUAUGAGUCAUUGUGAUUGGACAACUGAAUAUCAGAGUGUUACGUAACGCGUAAACACAGAGACAAACAAGGAUUUUCCAGUUCGUUAUUUAACUGUAUUCACAAUCCAGGAGAUCAGAAACUAACGUUCAGCUCUCACAUUUUGGCGAACUGGGCGAGAUUAAAAUCCAGAGGAAGCGAGAUCCCAACUUUGAUGUGAAUAUCAAAACUUCACCAAAAUGAAGACUGACUAAUUAUGUGUUUUAAGUCGUAAAUAUUUAUUUUGAAUGAUAAUAAAAACGAAAAUAUUGCUUCUACUGAUAAGAUAGAAUUGUGGUUUAAGUUUCCCCGUGCCUGGUGUUAACUGAAGAAUAUCAAAACAAGCGAGAGAAUCUAAAGAAUAAACCAAAACAUAGAAAAUGAUUUACAAACACUUUGCGAGGAAUUUUUCCACCUCAUUUCUCGUGGAGACGACCAAGUGGAAUCUCCAUUAUCUGUAAUGCACACUCAUCAAAAGGGAACUUCCGUGUUCUCCCAGGGCAAAUGGCGAAGAAAAUAUUGCUAAGAAACUUUAACAAAACAAUCAAAACAGAAUUUUCCCUAACAAAAUCAUUAGAACCUAAGAAAUGACCCCGAUAUCUUGUCGGGUGGUCGAGGUUUUCAUUUCAUUUCCUCCAAUGAUUUCUAUCUGGAUGAAAAAUUACAAAUUCAAACGGCGAUUUUGAACAAUAGUGUGACGUUUUAGUACACGUGGUAUAAAAAAUCCAAUCUAUUGGAAUCGCUGCACUGUCAUCUAAACUCUUAGGAUUCUACACUACUCGUAUUUGAUAGUAGCUGUAGGCAACUUGCCACAGGUCCCAUUAUUGUGUAGUUAGAGUUUCAAAACGAACGACACCGUUUAGUUUUCAUGGAUGUAUGGUUGAUAUGUCUCUGCUCAUACAAACCAAAAAAUGGCUGCAUGGAUUGAUUAUAUAGAUAUGUUUUGUUUUUGUUUGGUAAUGAAUGAUAUGUACAAAUAUAAAACCUGAUAUAUCAGUAAUACUUUCGCUUGCAUUCUAAUAUUUGCCUUUUGUAUAUGUUCUAAAUAUGUUGAAAUAUUCACACAACCCCAUCACACAUUAUCAUCACCAUUGUUUUAUCAUUAUUUUGUAUGUACAUGUAAAUGACGAAUCGCAUAUGUAUGUUAUUGCCAUAACCAUAACACGAUUCUGAUUUAUUAAUGUAAAAUAGGUGACGGAUUUAUAUAAGUGCUAGCACUUGUUUCCGAAUCCUGUUAAUUUUGCAUCUGUUUGUAUGUUUCAUGUAAUGCUUCAUUUAAAAAAUAUAGUUUAAACCAAAUAUAAAAUUCCCAAAAGUUAAAACAAAAAAUAAGGGACUUAUAAAUUUUCUAUGAUAUUCAAAAGAUAAGAUAAAUUAUCCAUCCCAUUAAAACUCCAUAUAAAUUUUCCACGCGUUUUGGGACUUUUUGAGAAUUGAGAAAUCAUGGAAAUAAAUUACAUUCCACCCGGUAAAUGGUAUUCAUUUUAUAGAUAAAAACAUCAAUCUAGUUUUCAUUUUUAAUUAUUUUUGAAAACACAGUUUGUUUGUAGCAAGUGUCGUGAACAGACAGUACGUGCGCGAAACAUUACAGGAACAUCAAGCAUGCCUGCAGCCCCUGUUAGCUCUGUCUCAUCCACGAACGCUAACUUUUGGCCGACAUUCGCCCCUGCCAAGCCAAGUGUAAAUGAGCAAUUUGUUGUAUUUUGCACAUCAUUUUGAGAACGCCAGUCUGAUUUGAUUUAUGAGGUCUAUUCCGGUAGCUAUACGUUGGCACCAGAUGUUCCAAGGCGUAUAUAUACAUUAACAGAUUUUGCGUAAUUAGAUAUUAUGUAAGAAAUUCAGUGUUUUGUAUGCGAUUUGUUGAAACAAUAGAUGUGAUAUGAAGAGAGUUGGUGGGGAUCAAACAUGAAAUCGCUUUAAAUGUACGCGUAGUUAGCUUAGAUACCAGAAUUUAUAUCAGACACCAUUCAGUUAGAAAUGUUUUAUUUCAAGCAAUCUUUUAUUUAAUGUCAUUUAUUCGAUAGAAGGUUGGAUAAUGUGUAUGAUUAUCAUUCAUACAGUUCUAAAACAACCCUGCCCAUUUAUCCACUGACUAUACUUAAUUUAAAAAUCGUUAUAUUUCUUAACGUUAAGGGAAAACAAAUGUAUAAUUCAGAUUAACAGUGAUGGAAUCUCUUAUCGACAGUCUGAACCCAGAGAAAUGGGGAGAGGUCUCGGCAGCUGACAGAGGAGAUGGUUUUGUGGAGUACUCCGUCAACAGAAAUGCCAAACAGGUGGAUGCCAACACCCUGGCUCUGAUGAUCGCAGAUGACUCCGGCAAUCCUAAAACCGUCACGCUUUGCUUCACACUACCCAACAAAAACCCGGUCAAAAGCGUCAGUCGUGCAGAAAUAAAGCUGGAUGCAGAAGGGACAAAGAUCCUGGGAAUUGACCUAGAUGGCGAUUGUGUAGUUCUGAAGAGUUAAUCACGUGACUGUUGACACAAACUGCACUUCCUGUUUUGGCCGUAUUUUCACCAGCCCUGUUGCUAUCCUCUUUUUGUACAUAAACAUCAUUGGAUUGUACUAGUCUAGCAGACCUUGUGAAUAAAUUAUUUUAUCUAUAA